AUGUUGUUUAGAUCGUUUUUUUUAAAUAUUUUUCUGACAGUUGCACGGACUCACAAUUAUUUUACCGAAUGUAAACGUUGUCACGAGGAGGGAACUGAGAGAUGUGAGCGACUGAACGUUACAGGGUUUGAGUUUUCUUCCCGCUGUAUUUGUAUAUAUGGUUACGUCGGUCUUUACUGCCAACACUACGGAUGUCGCCAUGACGAGACCUGCUUUAAUAACGGUACGUGUGACGCUAGCGACAUCAACACAGAUGGGAUCUGCCGUUGUCCGCCUAAAUGGUCCGGAAGUAAAUGUCAAUAUGGAAUCUAUCGGUUUGGGUGGGACAUAGACACAGAAAAGGAUUUCGUCAAAACCGGAAAUAUUACCUUCCAUCCAGACGGACAGGAUGGCACUGUGCACCACGGCCGGAUUAUAAGGGGCGAGAAGUUUGAGCUGACCAUCUACGGAAUAGGAAAAAGAUACGACAGUAAGACUUCAAUUACCAAGAUUAACUUUAAUUUGACAAAAGGAAAAAAGUGUUUAAUGGAUUCCUAA